GCAGGGGGCGUUCUCGUGCACAGGAGAGGUGGGGUUAAAAACGUCACGGGGCGGGACGCAGGGUUUGGAGGCGGCUCCUCAGCCAGGAGCUGUCAGUGGGGCAGUGGUUGCCCGUUUGAUUCGGACUUUCCCCUGUAUCGGAGAUUCCAGCACCAUGGCCGAUGUCUUCCAGCACAACGACAGCACCUCGUCCUCCUCUUCCUCCUCCCAGGAGGUAGCCCAGCGCUUUGCCCGCAAGGGGGCCCUUAGACAGAAGAACGUGCACGAGGUGAAGAACCACAAAUUCAUCGCUCGCUUCUUCAAGCAGCCGACGUUCUGCAGCCACUGCACCGACUUUAUAUGGGGCUUUGGGAAGCAAGGAUUCCAGUGCCAAGUUUGCUGUUUUGUGGUUCACAAGCGCUGCCAUGAGUUUGUCACAUUUACCUGCCCCGGAGCAGACAAAGGCCCAGAUACAGAUGACCCAAGAAGUAAGCACAAGUUUAAAAUCCAUACCUAUGGCAGCCCAACAUUUUGUGACCAUUGCGGCUCACUUCUCUAUGGGAUGAUUCACCAAGGAAUGAAGUGUGAAACCUGCGACAUGAAUAUACAUAAAGUCUGUGUCAUCAAUGUACCCAGCUUGUGUGGAAUGGACCACACAGAGAAGAGGGGUCGGAUUUACUUGAUAGCAGAAGUGAAAGGUGAAGUGCUAAGUGUGACAGUACGUGACGCCAAGAAUCUGAUCCCUAUGGACCCCAAUGGCUUAUCAGACCCUUAUGUCAAGUUGAAACUCAUCCCUGACCCCAAAAAUGAAAGCAAACAGAAAACCAAAACGAUCCGCUCCACACUCAACCCACAGUGGAACGAGUCUUUCACCUUCAAACUGAAGCCGUCAGACAAAGAUCGGAGACUCUCGGUAGAGAUCUGGGACUGGGACCGGACCACUAGAAAUGACUUUAUGGGCUCUUUAUCCUUCGGGGUGUCAGAGCUGAUGAAAAUGCCGGCCUCUGGGUGGUACAAGAUGCUGAACCAAGAGGAGGGCGAGUACUACAACGUUCCCAUCCCUGAGGCUGAUGAUGGUAAUCUAGAACUGCGACAGAAAUUUGAGCGCUGUCCAAUAAAAAAUAUGCACUUCAUCAAGAAAGCUAAACUGGGCCCUGCCGGAAACAAAGUAAUCAACCCCACAGAUGAGCGGAGACCCUACAUCCCCUCCAGCUACAUUGGCAGCGUCCAACUGACCGACUUCAGCUUCCUCAUGGUCCUGGGCAAGGGCAGUUUUGGCAAGGUCAUGUUGGCAGAAAGGAAGGGGUCAGACGAACUGUAUGCCGUUAAGAUCCUGAAGAAGGACGUGGUGAUUCAGGAUGAUGAUGUGGAAUGUACGAUGAUAGAGAAGCGAGUUCUGGCACUGCAGGACAAACCACCCUUCCUCACGCAGCUCCACUCCUGCUUCCAGACAGUGGAUCGCCUGUACUUUGUCAUGGAGUACGUCAGUGGGGGGGAUCUGAUGUACCACAUACAGCAAGUGGGCAAAUUUAAGGAACCCCAAGCAGUGUUCUACGCAGCAGAGAUAUCUGUCGGCCUGUUUUUUCUGCACAAGAAGGGGAUUGUGUACAGAGACUUGAAGUUGGACAAUGUCAUGUUGGACUCUGAGGGUCAUAUUAAAAUUGCAGAUUUCGGGAUGUGCAAGGAGCACGUGGUAGAGGGAGUAACAACUCGGACCUUCUGUGGCACCCCUGACUACAUUGCCCCAGAGAUCAUUGCUUAUCAGCCCUAUGGGAGAUCUGUGGACUGGUGGGCGUAUGGAGUCUUGUUGUACGAGAUGUUGGCAGGACAGCCUCCAUUUGAUGGUGAGGAUGAGGAUGAACUCUUUCAGUCAAUUAUGGAACAUAACGUCGCCUAUCCAAAAUCUAUGUCCAAAGAAGCUGUGUCCAUUUGCAAAGGGUUAAUGACAAAGCACCCUGUAAAGAGAUUAGGCUGUGGGCCAGAAGGGGAACGGGAUGUACGGGAACACACCUUCUUCCGUCGAAUCGACUGGGACAAGCUGGAGAACAGAGAGAUCCAACCACCAUUCAAGCCUAAAGUGUGUGGAAAAGGAGCAGAAAACUUUGACAAAUUCUUCACAAGAGGGCAACCUGUGCUGACACCUCCUGAUCAGUUGGUUAUCGCUAACAUUGACCAAGCGGACUUCGAAGGUUUUACCUACGUCAACACUCAAUUUUUCCACCCAAGCCUGCAGUGUGUGGCAUGAGCACAUAGAGACUCAAACACAAAAUGCACAAAUUAAAGAUCCUACAAUUUUAGGGCCUUGGCUCUCAUGGCAGAUCCCAAGAACUUGAAAAUUCUAGGGUUAGGUACCAUGUUGUUGAAGGAUGAAAACUGUAAAAGUAGUGCCACAGAUCAACCAAAAGUAUUGGGUGUGCUAACGUCUCUCAAUUAGAAAAGACCAAUCAUUUCAGAGAGCCAGCUACAAGAGCGAGGAUAAUUUCUAGGUCUUCCUUCUGUUCUUGAGUGCACAACCAAUAACAAAGUGCAUUGUGAUGUCACCGGAAAGACAAUACAUCCUAUCAUCAGCUGCCAUGAGAAACCAUUCUACAGACUUCCCAAAGCCUGAUGCCAAUGUAAUUGAGAACUUGUCUUCAAAAGAGACUGGCCAAACAACAACGUUGCCAUGUUUAGUAUGCAUAUCCAUAGGGGUUGCUGGGGUUUGAGUUCCACGCUAGAUCGUUAUAAAACCAUAAGAGAAUCCAGAUUCCGUGAUACAAGCAUUUGAUAUGUUGUGGCACAAGCAUGUUCUUAUGCUGUUUUACUCUAUAAUCAGUAAGAGUACUAAAUCGCAGGGUUGAGCAACUGUCAUCCUUUCUGAUGUUAGUGUGCAACUCCCCGCACCCUGCCCAACAUAGUGUGUUGUGCUAUAACGGCACAGAAAGGACUGUUUGCUCAUCCCUAUUAUAAAGAGUUCCUGGAGGGGCACAAUGAGGUGCCAUAUUAAUGACUAACGUGGCUAAUCAUCCCCACAAAGAGACAAAAGGGAAAUCUAAUCGUAUCAUAUAGGCAUUGGUAUGUCGUCCCUGCUGAAAAGUGAUCACUUGUCUCAUUAGCUGAAUCCAUGGAGUAUUACCCACAGCAGUUCUAUACGCCAAAUAUCUGCUCUCUGUGCUCUUUCUCCUUAUUUUGGCUCCUAACAAUCACUUAAUUACUUCAUCUUUAUGGUUCAUAAGUAAAAUCUGUAGGGAAUUGGGGGCAUGAUUGUUUUUUCUAAUUUAACGGCCAUUGGGGGUGUCUGGGGUUGAUUAGAGGGUUUUUUUGUCAGUCCCAAGGUGUCCACAAUGUGCUUUCAUUUUUAUAUUGUUUCAUUAAUCUCUUUAAUAAUGAGCCCUGCCCUUUGUCUUUUUCCAUGUAUGGUGCAGAUUUGCUUUGCUCUGCAUGCGAGGGGCAGGUGCAUGUGGCUUGGCCUGCAGCUUGUAGUGCAUGUGAGCCUGCUGGGAAAUCCAAUUCAUCAUAAAUAUUUUAUUUCCAACUUCCAAUUGCCAAUGAAUCAGUCACUUGUUAUGGUUUGUGCCAAAAUGUCUAUUACUAUUCAUUUCCCAAUGUGAUGGUAUCAGCUGUUUGCACAGAGCAAACGUAGCGCCAAUCCAGCAAUGAUUCCUUUUCCAGUCCCCGGGUUGGCGGGGGGGGGGGAUGAAACUGGGUUAAACUGUUAGAAAAUUAGAAUGGUUAGAAAUGCACAAUUCUGUAAAUAUGAUCGUACUGAUCAAUAAAUCAUUUUCCUGUCUCA